AUGUUAGGUAAAGUUUUUCCUAGUUUCAAAGCAGUAAAUGAAGUUAUUUUACAACUUAAUGAAAAAAUUAAUGAACUUUCGGAGGAAAGGAAAUAUAUAGAAAAUGCAUCAAAUUUUUAUCGUCUUGAAUAUAAGGAAAUUCUUCUUUAUCUUAAAGAUGUUAUUCAAAAACAAACUUUAGAAAUUGAGCGACUAGAAGAGCUAAUACAAAGUGAAAAAGUUAAAUAUGAAGAUAGUUUAAGAGAAACUGAAAUAAAUGGACAAAAAAUGUUAACAAAAGUUGUUGCUGAUAAUGAAAAAAUAAAAUUAGAAAAUUUAUUAAUGAAAACUCAACAAAAUGCAUACAAACAUAUGAAGUUAGAAAUGGAAGGACUUUAUGAAAGAAUAGAAGAAAUGAAGAAAGUUUUGGAUGAGAAAAAUGAAAAAAUUAGUAAAAAAGAAUUAAAAGAACGAGAAGUAGCUAUUAUUACUUCUGAUAAAGUAAAAAAAGAAAUGGAAAUUGAAUAUGCUGAAAAAAUAGCUAAAAUUAAAGAAGAACUUCAGGUUCAAAAUAUGGCAGAGUUAUGUGCUUCUAAUGAGAUAGGAAGAAAAUUAAAAGAUGAAAUUAAAAAUAAAAAUCUUGAAAUUAAUGUUUACCAAGACGAGAUUAAAAGUUUAUUUGAACGUAUAGAAACACUUGAAAAAACAAUUGAAAAUUAUGAAAAGGAGAGAGAAAAAAUGAAAAAUCAGAUAGCAAAAGUUGGAUCCCAAACUGAGAAAUCCAUUAAAGAGUAUAAGAAAUUAAUGGAGGCUUGUGAAAAAUCAAAAACAAAAGAAAUUCAAAAAAGAGAUAAAAUAAUAAAUGAUUUAAAAAAAGAAAAUGGAAAUAUAAGGAAAGAACUACAUAAAGAAUCAAAAAAAUUAGCCGAAAUGAUGGAAGAAGUGGUAAAUGAAAAAACAUUGCGUGAACAAACAGUUGAAGCUCAUAAGACUCAAAAUCAAAUGCUCAAAGAUUUGAAAACUUUCUUAAAUUUAACAUUAGGAGAUACAACUAAUCAAGAAUAUAUUGAUACAAUAUUUUGUGAAAACAGAAUAGCAAUAUUUGCAAAAUUAGCUUUACUAGUACAAAAUAUUCCUCAACUUGAGUUUAAACAAAAUUAA